AUGGCAGUUCUGUUGGUCCUAGAUAACCCAGUUUUCCGCAACUUCCUGGGCUAUGCUGCCUUAGUGCUUGUUAAAACUGUUGCUAUGAGUUCCAUGACAACGGUUUUCAGAAUAACAAGAAAGGUUUUCGCCACUCCAGAAGAUGCCGCUGUAUUUGGUAUCAAGUUCUCACCAACCUCAAGCGACCCAAUGGUGGACAGAGUCAAGAAAGCCCAUUUGAACGAUCUGGAAAAUGUUGUUCCAUUUGCCCUGCUAGGUCUUUUGUACGUGACAACAGGGCCCAGUCUGGACACCGCAAAUCUUUACUUCAGGAUUUUUACUGCCAGUCGCUUCAUUCACACUUUUGCCUACCUCUUUGCUAUUCCUCAGCCAACCAGAGCGCUGGCGUUUUACGCCGGAUUUGGAGUGAACAUUGCAUUUGCUUUUAACAUCUUGAGGCAGGCAUCUUUCUAG